UGCCGGGUAGCGCCAUGGUCGCCUGCAGAGCGAGAGAGGAGCCCUGGGGUUCGCUCUUUCUCUCUUAUCCCAUCUCUCUCUUAUCCCAUCUCUCUCUCUAAUCUCUCCCCCUUCUGACGGCAGCGCUAAUUGAUGAUGCGUACACUGAUUGGCGUGGUUCGUGCUGCCGUUGUCGUCGUCUCUGAGCGCUGGGGCUGAUGCGGCCGCCCGCUUCGCUGCUCCCUUGGCCUGUGGCUGCGAUCUGUAGAUGCAAGUGCUGUGGUGUCAGAGGACAUUAUCAUCACCAUCAUGCAAGACAUCGGAAGUGAUGUUGGUGAGAUUUUGCCCGCAGUGAAGUCUGAAAAUUAUGCUGCCCUGGAAAACGAAGACAUCGAAGCUGAUGACGCCAGCAUUAGACCCAUAGAGGUCCCCCCGGGCUUGCACACGACACCCAACCAAGGCUGGGCAGAGGUAGAAGUGGAACUGGAGGACACUAGCGAUGAAUCCGUGGAGAGGCAGCACCCGUGCAAGGAGUGCGGGAAGGGCUUCUCCAGAAUCACGUUGUUGAAGAAACAUCAGAGAACGCACGUCAGGAAAACUCCCGAUUUGCCGACGGAGAGCAGCGAGGGUUGUGCGGACGAUUCUCAUGUCUCAAACGACGAUGAGACACCCUCCGACGAGUGGCCCCUGAUGGGCGUGGAAUUCGGUAAGCGCUUCAAGCGACUCGACGCUCUGACAAAGCACUUGCAAACGCAGACCCAGCGGAAACUAUUGCUGAGCCAGGAGCACCGUGCCACGCGGCAGCCGGCGAAGAACAGCCCCGAGCAAGACGAGACGGCGGAUGACGUGGCCAAGUCUCGCCCGUGCAAGGCUUGCGGGAAGAAAUUUGCCAGCAAAUCGCUUCUCAAGAGGCACCGGAGGAGGCACGCCUUCGAGAUGCCGCGUGUGUGCACGGAGUGCGGACGCGGGUUCGCGAGCAUCUCGCGCCUGCUCGUGCACCAGAGGACGCACUCGGAUGAGAUGCCGUACGCCUGCGGAGAGUGCGAAGCGGCCUUCCCGCUCAAGAGCAUGCUCACUGAGCACAAGAGGGCGCACCUGGGAGAGCGGCCGUUCGUGUGCGAGGAGUGCGGCAAGGGCUUCUCGCACAACUGCAGCCUGAAGCAGCACGUGGUGAUCCACACGGGCGAGAGGCCCUACGUGUGCCCCGCUUGCGGGAAGGGCUUCGCCAAGGUGUCCAACCUGAGAAGGCACCAGAGGACGCACUCCGGGGAGAAGCCGUACGCGUGCGAGGACUGCGGAAAGACGUUUUCGCUGACGUCCACGUUGAAGAAUCAUCAGCGGAUACACACGGGGGAGAGGCCGUACAUCUGCAGCCACUGCGGAAGGGGCUUCGCGCAGAUCUCCAGCCUCACCGUCCACCGGACUACGCACACCGGGGAGAAGUCGUACAUGUGCCGCGAGUGCGGCAAGGGCUUUUCCCAGCUCUCCACGCUAAAGCAGCACCACAGGACGCACACAGGAGAGCGGCCUUACAUUUGCGAGGUGUGCGGCAAGGGCUUCGCGAGCAUCUCCAACCUGAAAAACCACCAGCGGACACAUACGGGCGAAAAGCCGUAUUCGUGCGAGAAGUGCGGGAAACGAUUCUCGGACGUCUCAUCCCUGAAGCACCACAGGGUGACGCACACGGGAGAGAAGCCGUACGUGUGCGACGACUGCGGCAGGGGCUUCGCGCAGAUCAGCAACCUCAAAGCGCACCAGAGGAUACAUGCGGACCCCUUCAGCAAGAUGGCCUACAUGUUCGUCUGCAAAGACUGCGGCAAGCGGUUCGCCAAGAUCAGCCGGCUGAAGGACCACCGGCGGACGCACACCGGCGAGAAGCCGUACACAUGCGAAGACUGCGGGAAGGCGUUUUCGUUGGUCACCACGCUGAAGAACCAUCGCAGGAUACACACAGGCGAGAGGCCCUACGUUUGCCUCGAGUGCGGACGGGCGUUCGCGCAGAACUCCACCUUGAAGAACCACCAGAAGACGCACGGAGAGAAGUCGUACGUUUGUAGUGAGUGCGGCGAGCGAUUCACAAAGAUCUCUGUCAUGAACAAGCACAUGAAAGCUCACACUGGCUAGAGGCUAUGGAGGAUGACGAUUGAACACGUGCAGAGACAGAAAGUGGCCCUCUCGUUUGUUUCCGGCCGGCACGGUCUGUUCCAUCUCGAUGGGUUUUUCAUUGUUUACAGAAAGUGUGAGGUUUGGUUGAAAUGCUCUUUCUGCCAUCAUGACUAGGCAUUUGAAAAGAUAUGAUCUUUGUUCCUGCUGUUCUUUGAACAUUUUAAAAUAUAAAACAUCCCAAGUGUUUUUUUACGGAGAAUUCCUUUAUCCAAUGUAAUCUUUAUCCCCAUAACCUGUUUACAGAAGUAUAACACGUAUGUGUUGCAUAGCUUGAAAAUUAUUCCUUGUCUAAAGUAUAAGUGCUUUAUAACAAGUGGAUUGAUUCAAAUUUUUCUGAAGAUGUAACAAGAGCACUAAAUUCAACAAGUAUUUUUACCUAUUUAGUGCAAAAACUUUUAACGUUGAUUUAAAAAACUUAUUUUUCAAUAUGGUGACGAGAGUUUUAUAGAUCACUCCUUUCCGUGGGGGUAGAAAUCCCCGUGUUGGUAAGUCACAAGGGAGCAUGCGUUGUCACCAGUACUGCUCUUAGAACCGCUGUGUACUGCUCAGCAAUGUGUCACACAUUUCUAAAGUAUUGUACAGUAUUUUGUUCUGUUGUUAAUUAAAAUGGAUUAAGCACGUGAAA